AUGUUGAAAUUGGAACACACAAUUGACGACCCGCUUUCUAACUUGCAUGGAGAAGCAGCUACAACUGCGGACCAUCCUUUAGUAAAUGGGGCCCAGAGCUCUCAUUUACCUGGUCCAGUUACCAUAUCACGUCCACUUCAUGAUGAAUAUGGGAUUCGCUCGUCUCGAGAGUCUGUUCUACAGCGGCUUUCCGAAGCUCUGCUCAGGCGCUCGCUGACAAAGAUCGAUCUCUCACAACGAAGUUUGAUGUCAUCGGAUGCACGAUUGGUGAGAAUGGCACUGUCUCAGAAUGAGAACUUGACUGUGCUCAAGCUUGGAUACAACAAUCUAUGCGACAGUGGGGUGACAACAUUGGCAGCAGGUAUUGCUGUCCAUAGGUCUCUUGUGCUGCUUGACUUGGGGUUCAACAAUGUAGGGGACAUCGGCGCGUCAGCUUUGGCGCACGCAUUGCAACAAGCGGCUGUUCGUUUCAAUGGUGGCACUGUUCACACGCUCUACCUUGCUGGAAAUAUGAUCGGAGAAGACGGGGCUCUUGCACUGGCUGACUUUAUACGUCAAGGAAGCCGACUUUCGAAGCUGUUCAUGACAGGAAAUAGAAUAGGAGCAGGUGGAGUAAGCGCGAUAGCUGAAUCAAUUCUCGAAGAUGAAGUGCAGUCUGCAAACUUGGAACCGUCACAACACGAAACCUCUCAACAUCAACUGCGGGAAGUCACAAGAUUACGCGUCGGAAGCUGCAGUGGUAUGCAGGAGCUAUUUUUAGGCGGAACCGGGAUGGGAAUGCUUGGAUGCAACUCUGUUGCAAGAUUGCUUGAGACGACAGCAUGUAUCCGUGUGAUAUCCUUUCCAAACUGCGAUAUUGGAGACGACGAAAUCGGAGCGCUGGCUUCAAGCAUCAAAGCAAAUAAGAGUGCUUUGCCUCUGCAGUCGUUACAGCUUUCCUUCAACAACAUGACCCACAAGGGCUUGGAGUCUCUGAUGAAUGCUCUUUGGGGCUCGGGAUCAUUGCGGGAACUAAAACUGGAUAAUAACAACAUUGGGGAUCGCGGAGCGCAUCAGUUGGCGGCUGUUCUCCCUACGUUGAAGGAGCUGAAGAUUCUGGACAUAGGAUUCAAUUCGAUCAAGGCCACCGGCCUAAAUGUCUUGAUGAAAGUAGUUGCAGAUUCCAAUCGGCUCGAAUCUUUAUCCAUAUCGGGGAACACGGUCGAUGUUCCCGCAGCUAAAGCUGUUGCAUAUGCGCUCGCAUACAACUGUUCUUUAGAGGCUUUGUUCUUGGUACACUGUGCAAUCAAUCAUGAAGGACAGCGUCACAUCACUGCUGGCAUUGUUUCUAAUGCCCGCAUUGCCCUCCGCAAGCUCACUGGCUUUCGAAUAGGACCGACGAUAGUUACUCUUGGAUUCCCAGAGGCAUUGCAGCAUUGGACGAAUGGGCAGGUUUUGAAGUUUAUCCAUCUAAUGUGGAACAACAAGCCAAACAUGGAGAAUAAUGAUACGAUAUCAGAGUUUCAGCAAGAGUUGGACCCGUUAAGUUUUUUAUCUAUCCCUGGCCCUGAGACAACUGUACAUUCAACGGGGCGACAGGAACCCCUCGAGGCCACGGUCGUUGUUGAGGUUGCGAAGAAAGCGUACGCAAGUCUCGUCGCCAACGGUGUUGAUGUAUUUUCACGGCAGGGGUUAGAUGCGACAGAUCUGUCAUUCGAGUCACCUUUAGCUGGAGAGUCAAUAAUGAUUGAGUCCCCUGGACGCGACGGAAGUGGAACCAACGAUGUGGGGGUGAAAUCGCAUGGAGUCCUCACAGGCGAUUUACCAACAAAGCAAGCACGAUCAUUUGUGGCUCCGCCAGAGUCAUCAAGCAGCAAUGUCAAAAAUCCAGAUCCCGACCCUGUCCGGAAGCAGAGGAUAGUCGAAUGGCUCUGCUCCAACAUUCAGCACCUCAAUGAGAUGUCGCAGUAUCCAUUCGACUCUCGAGAUCUGUGGAGGUUGCAUCAGCACUACUUCACUCCUGUCGUAAACGAAACUGGUGGUGCGGCCUCACCGUUUAUCAAGUCAGACGAACGGAUAGUAUCAAGUGUCCCAGAGGUUUCGAGAACUAAUACUGGCGGUUCGACAUUCACUCCAUCGAUCGUGUCAAGUGAUGGACAUUUCUCCGUUCCCGUAAGUGACCCAGUCCUCCCCGGAGCUACAAAUGGUCCGAAUUCCGUACCGAUGCUAAAACGCAAGGUCUCCUACCGGAUUUUGGGGGAUGCCAUGAUUGUAUCUGAUACUAAAUGCGAGAAAAAAAUCGAAGACAGCACACAAAGAGGAUCAGUAGCACGCAUAAUUCAACAUGGCCACACCGGGCAUUCGUUACCACCAAAAACGAAGAGAGCUCGACGCAACAGGACCAGAAUUUCAUUCUUGCCGAGGAUCAAAGAGAAGCUUGACUCCUAUCUCGAUGUUUGCCAUGAAAAAGCGUUGGUGACAAUGCGGCAACUUUAUUUCGUUGAAGAAGCAGUUUUGAAAGGAGAUAUUAACCCUCUCGAUGCUACACUGCCACCAAGAAAGCAUCUUGUUGGCAUUCUAGCAUCCGAAGCGGAAAUGAUCAUCGUUGAUAUGAUGUAG